GACCCUCCCUUCGCGGCGCCUUCCCCCAUCUGGACCUGGCGCAGUCUGGGCUCGGAUCCGGGGCUCGCUUGCUGUCGCCGCCGCCGCCGCCUGGGCAGCCUCUGCUUCCGAGGGAGCGAUGGGCCCGGCGCUGCUGCUCGCGCUGCUCUCGGGCCUCGGAGCCGCCAAGCCUCUCACCACCCCAGGGAACUCGCAUGGAGGGAUCAACCACAAUCUGUCUGGAGGUCCCCGGCGGGUGCGACGUGAGCUUCAGGGGGCACCCUAUGAAGCUGUGGGAUCUGCAUUGGCUAAUGAGGUGUACUACCCAGAUCUGAUUCGCCUGGCGGCGCUGGAGAGAGCCAUGUCACCCCAAGGUGGUCAGCUGCAGGAAGAGCAUCUUGCUCAAGCGUUAGAGCGAGCCAUGGCUUCCAGUGGCAACCAGCUCCAAGAUGACCGCUUGGCUCAGGCGCUGGAACGAGCCGUCGCCCCACCUAGUCAUCAGUACCAGCCAGAUGAGCGCUUGGCCUUAGCUCUGCAGCACCUUCUUCAGGAUGGGCAUCGCCGAGAUCAAGAAUCUGUCUACCUGGCCAACCUGCUAAGGCUUUGGGAUGAAGCGAAGGGUGCCCAGUUGUAUCCCGAGUAUGACGAGACCGGCUUAGCGGGUGCCUCCUCUCCACCCCGAUCGCUGCCGAAUCGUUACUGGGUCCCCGAAGGGGGAUUUGAAGCCCAAGAAGAGCUGGGAGGGGAAGAAGAACCCACUGGAGAGAUUGAUCCUGAAAUGCUGAGAUACCUGAUUGGCCGAAUCCUGUCAAGAGCGGGCAACCUGAACCCCCAGCGCCUCCCAAUGUCCUCCAGACGACUGCGCCGUGCCAUCUUUGACGGAGAUCUGCCUGAGCCCCCCAAUCUUCUGAGGGUCAAGAGGCUAGGUGGGGAGGCAGCGGGGGAACCCCAACUGCAAAGAGUCAAGCGGAAAGAAGGAGAAGGAGUCGGGGGGAGGAGGGGUGUCGCUGGAGAAAUUCAGCGGCUUCAGUAUAUCCCUGAAUAGCAGGAGUUGGCCUUUGCAGAAAAACUGGGUGUAGGGGUCACCCCAUCUUUCUCCCCUUCCCUCUGCCAUGCUCUGAAUAUCAAUGGACUGUGUUUUUUUCCUUGCCUCUGUUCUGCCUUGUGACCCCUCACAUAUUGGGGAGGAAGGGGAGAAAGCUUGGGCUAGAGUUCCCUUCCCAGUUACCGUUUGGUUUGGAGAGGGAGAGCUUUUCCCCAUAUAAAUUUUCUGCACACCCUCUUUAAGAAGCCCAGUGUCAGCUGAAUGGCUGCACUAUAACAGUGAGCAGCUCUCCUUGCUCCAAACCCAGAAUCCAAUGUCGUCACCUUCUGCCUCUGAUUCCUGGCCUUCAAAAAAAUGGCUCAAACAUGCAGUCCCCAAAUCUUCCUUCUACAUUAAUGAUCCCAUCACCACAUCACUCCGUCUCUCGCCCCCUUCUCCCCUAGUCUCCUCCUCCUUGUUUUUGUCUUGUUUGUAGGACCCUUUUUGUGAUCACCCUCCCUUGGUACAUACUAACACAUAUGCACCCUCUGCAGAUUUGUUGCUAUGUUUGAUCAUGUUUGUGGCCAGAGUUUUGGUGUGAUGAAUAAAUGAAUAAAAAAGUCCCCUUGGAUAUUUUAAUGUA